GUGGCUUAUUUCUCAAAAAUGUUCAGUUUUUCAACACGGCGCAAAAAGAAGUGAGCAUAGGCAAAAAUAUGAAAUCAGAAGCUAAAGUCUAUAUAUUUGUGAUGAACUUUUUUUCAGGUUUUUGAUAAAUGUAAUGUAGCGCGUGCGUUAGGCUCCAGUUUUAACGAUGAGGUGAUUCAUCCUCACACUUAACGACCUUUAGCGGCACCGGCUAGGAAACUCGGAAACAGUAGGUAGGGAAAGUUAACCGCCGUCAUUUUGUCCCUUUAUUAUUCAGCCUACCUAGUUAUUUUUUCCAUUAACUACUAUGAAGCGUACAAGAAAGUCAAAAAGUAAAAGUCAGAGUGCACAAGAAACCGAAGAAGUCCCGUCAAAAACAGUGUGGCAGUGGAAAGGAGAUGAGGGACAGUGGGAGCCAUACUCGCCCUCAGCCUGUGCCUUGUUGGACUCAGCCGUCUCUUCAGGAGACACCUCUGUCACUCUGUCUCUGGGCUCUGGGACGUCUUAUGAAGUCGACCUAAAGAAGAUGGUCCAGAUUAAUCCUGUCACCAAGUACAAGAGGAAGAUUCGCUUCCAGACAGUAAAACCAGAAAGUUUGGUUGACACUGAUAACUUGACUGCUCAAAAUGGGACGCCAGUUCAAGUUAAAGAGGAAGAGGAGGAGACCGAAAAGCAACCUGUAGCUAAGAGGAAGAGAGGGCAGAGCAAGAGUCAGACAAAAACUGAAGAAAAGCCAAAACAAGAAAUAAAAAGUGAAGAGGUUGUGAAGACGGUGGUCAUGAAGGGAAAAGCUCCAGUGGACUCUGAAUGUAAAGCCAAACUGGGAAAGGCUCAUGUUUACAAUGAAGGAAAUGAUGUUUACGACGUGAUGCUAAAUCAGACAAAUCUCCAGUUUAACAACAACAAAUACUACCUGAUCCAGCUGCUGGAAGACGACAGCUCCAAGUCUUACAGUGUGUGGAUGAGAUGGGGCAGAGUGGGAAAAGUGGGUCAAAACAGUUUGUCAGCAUGUGGUGGAGACCUGCUGAAAGCCAAAGAUAUCUUCAAGAAAAAGUUUUUAGACAAGACCAAGAAUGAGUGGGAGCACCGAGCAGGUUUUGAGAAAGUAGCUGGAAAAUAUGACAUGGUGUUCAUGGACUACAGCAUGAAUGAAAAGGAAGAGAACAAGACCACAGUGGAUGCUGCACCCAAAAAGUUGACCUCCAAGCUGGAUGUGAAGGUCAAGUCACUCCUCGAGCUAAUCUGUGACCUCAAAGCCAUGGAAGAGUGUGUGCUAGAGAUGAAGUUUGACACCCGAAAAGCUCCUCUUGGCAAGCUGACCUCAGAGCAGAUCCGUGCAGGCUACACAGCACUGAAGAAAAUAGAGGAGUGUUUGAAGAAGAAGGGCAGCAAUCGUGAGCUGCUGGAAGCGUGUAACCAGUUCUACACCCGCAUCCCUCAUGACUUUGGGUUGAAAACUCCUCCAAUAAUUCGUACAGACGAUGAGCUGAAGGAAAAAAUUGCACUGUUAGAGGCUCUGAGUGACAUUCAGAUCGCUGUGAAAAUGGUUCAGUCUAGUGAAAACAAUGAUGAACAUCCUCUGGACCGACAGUACUGCUCCCUCAAGUGCCAGCUGCAGCCUCUGGACUCCGGCAGCCACGAGUACACAGUGAUAGAAAAGUAUCUACAGUCCACUCACGCUUCCACCCAUCGUGACUACACCAUGACUCUCCUUGACAUCUUCUCAGUGGACAGAGACGGGGAGAGUAACAACUUCAUCUCACAGUUACACAACAGGACUCUGUUGUGGCACGGUUCCCGCCUUUCUAACUGGGUUGGCAUCCUCAGUCAGGGGCUCCGAGUGGCCCCACCUGAAGCUCCUGUCACCGGUUACAUGUUUGGAAAAGGUCUCUACUUUGCUGACAUGUCAUCAAAGAGUGCCAACUACUGCUUUGCUAAUCAGAACAACCACGUGGGACUGUUGUUACUGUGUGAGGUCGCUCUGGGAGACUGUAACGAGCUGCUGGAUGCUGACUACGAGGCCGACAAACUGCCUGCUGGAAAACACAGCACCAAGGGCCUGGGACAGACCGGACCUGACCCCAAAAACUCCGUCACUCUUGAUGGUGUAACUGUGCCGAUGGGGCCGGGGGUGAAGACUGGAGUGGGUAAAAGCAACAGUUAUUCCCUCCUGUACAACGAGUUCAUCGUUUACAACCCUGCACAGACUCGCAUGAGGUACCUGCUGCGGAUCAAGUUCAACUACUCUUCACUGUGGUGAGGCUGUGCAAAACGGUAUGGGGUUGUGAAAUCUGGAGACUUUGGGCGAUUCACUCUCCACAAAGCACGGUGAUACAUCACAUUUUAAUUCUUCAUGUACGGUUUGAUACUGGUUCUUGGGGAUAGGAUGUUAAACCCAAACACACUGCUGUUACUGGGUGCAUAACAGAAAUGUUUACUUUCUUUGUGAUGUAGAGCUGCAACAGUUAGUCGAGGGGAAACUAUUUUACUAAUAAUUUAAUCGUUUUUUAGUUCAGUGUCGAAAGUUGUUGCUGCUUUUCAUCGUCAUAUCUGAAAUCUUUGGGUUUUGGACUGUGGGUUGAAAAAGAAUGAAUUUUAUUUCUUCACCUUGAGCUGUGGAAGAUUCUGGCUGGUGUUUUUCACAGUUUUUUGACAUUUUUAUAGACAAAAUGACUAAUGGGUGGGAAAAUAACUGGCAUGUUAGUAGUUGCAGCUGUACAGUGAUAUCCACAGAGGGAGUUGAUGGGUCCAGAGUUUAUACAGCUCACUCAGUAUGUUAAUGUUUAUCUGAAUUUGAAUUCAAGAUAAACACCAACAAAACCUUUUUUCUACAGUGGGUUUUAUUGGCUGUUUUAUUUGUUGUGGGAUAACUGUCGGGUCAAAUGUUUCUGUUGGUUAACAUGCACUGCAAAACAACAAAUACAGUACAUGUUCUUUUACACUAAAUUUUGUUUAUGUGGAACUUAAACAAAGACACGAUUCUGUAAAAACACCGAUAAUCAUUUUUUAUUGUCACAUAAAACAGGAGAUAGAGUAUAUACUUGAAAACAGUAAUAUUAAUAAAGGAAAUUUUUUUUUCGUU